CUUUAGAGUAUUUCAUUAUAUAACUAUUUUUGCGCUAAAAACAGAAGUUUCCAAGGAAAAUCCAAAAAUAUAAAAUAAGCCGUCAUGUUGGAAUGUGGCGGCUUGGGCCACCCCCCCUCCCUAAAUUUACUAAAUUUGAGGAGGUCUUGCAACACCCCUGGGGAAGGUUUUUACAACUAUUCAGAUUGUUUUAAUUUAAUUCCAUUUGAGCCCCCUCUUUCAGCUUCGUUGAGUGACCUAUACAAUUCGUUCUGGCUAUAUUUUGAAUAACAAGAUGCAACAAGCACAAGGUGUAAGACAAUCUUCCUCACUCUUGCUCUUACAUAAGUUACAGUGAAGUAUGUUCUCCGAUAUUUGUGGUGAAAAAAACACUAUUAAAAAUUGGUUUUAUAUUUAAAAAUUCUAAAUCAUUUGAAUCUACAAAUAAAAAAAUUGUAAAGAGUAGCUACAAAGGGAUGUCAGUAUGAAAGCCUUAUCAAUCUUCGGAACAAGCAACACAUAUAUUGGGUGUCUCACCAGAACUUUAGCCCUUGUGUUAUUUGUAACCUUCUUUUGGUUUCAAAUUUACGUAAUCAAUCUGACAAUUCGUGAUUGGCCUAGGAAAACAUCCAUCAAUGAAACCUAUUUUUCACAAAUACCCCAGGAAUUUCACAGGCUUUUAAAAAAAAGGCACAAUGCUACGGCGACAACGAACGCAACGUCUCGGAGCUUGACAGACACCGAAAUCAGUGAAAUCCGUCGAAACAUCGAUAAAAUCAACUCAGAGCAGAGGGUCUACAAUGAAGAAACUUUUGGACCCGUUUUUCCGGAUACAACUGUGAUAGUCGUCCAGGUGCACACCAGGUUUGUUUACCUGGCGCACCUGAUUGCUUCUCUUGCACAGGCUAAAGAUAUAGAGCAAUCUUUGCUCAUCUUUAGCCACGAUUUUUGGGAUCCAGACAUCAACUACCUCGUCCAGAGCAUCGACUUUUGUCGAGUGAUGCAAAUUUUCUAUCCAUACAGCAUCCAAACUCAUCCUCGAACUUUUCCAGGCGAGGAUCCACGCGACUGUCCGAGAAACAUUACGCAAAAACAGGCAUUGUUGCUAAAAUGCAAAAACGCCGAACAUCCAGACCUCUAUGGACACUACAGAGAAGCUAAAUACACCCAGACAAAGCAUCACUGGUGGUGGAAAGCAAAUCGAGUUUUCGACCAACUGAAAGUGACCAGGAAUCAGGACGGUAUGGUCCUCUUUCUCGAAGAGGAUCACUACGUCGCUGAAGAUUUUCUCCACGUCCUGAGAUUGAUGAAACGUACCUGCGAAUAUUCCUGCGAACGGUGCAACGUUCUCACUUUGGGCACACACCUAACAACUUAUGAUUCCUACUCUGAAUUCAAUCACAAAGUGGAAGUGACAUCAUGGAUUACCAACAUGGGCUUGGCAUUCAACAGAGAGACGUGGAGUAAAAUAAAAAAAUGUGCUAAAAUAUUUUGUUCAUAUGAUGAUUACAAUUGGGACUAUAGUCUUCAGCGAGUGGCUCGAAAUUGUCUUCCUCCAAGGAAAGGUUCCGGCAUUGUUCCCCGCAGUGAUUCUGGAUUAAUUGCUAUGAUGAUGCUCGCGAACAGAGUCUUUCACGUAGGCGAAUGUGGAAUCCACCAGCAUAAAGAAAACUGCGAAUCGACAGCAGUGAUAGCGAAAGUUCAAAAUGUACUCAAAUCUGUUCAAAAUCAUCUGUAUCCAACUCAAUUGACCCUGACAUUUACAGGGACGACACAAGAAUUAAUACUUGGUAAAGCAAAUGGAGGUUGGGGUGAUCUUCGGGAUCAAGAACUCUGCUGGAAUAUUACGUUAAACCCAGAUUUGAUACUACCUUGAAUUUACCAAGCCUGAAAGGAUUGAUGAUACUUGUAAAAAAUGUUGAGCAGAGCUCAAUUUUUGUUUUUUGUGUUUUCCCAGAGUCGAUACUGCGGCUUAAAAAAAUUAAGGUUUUUUAUUAUUUAUAAAUAAUUUGUAAUAUAUUGG